AUGAAGAUGAUCAUUGCACUCGUCGCCCUCGUGGCCGUCGCCGCAGCUGCCCCCCAAGGUAAUGUUUACGCAGUCCGGGAGAGUCUCCAUGACAACAUUGGUUUGCCCCUGGGGUACCAAUACGGCUUCGAACUCUCCGACGGCACCGUAAAAGAGGAGCAGGCCGAUUUCAAUCAGGGCAUUGACGAGGAAGGCAAACCCGCCAACAUCAUAUCCGUCAAGGGCCGCUACAGCUUUGUCGCGGAUGACGGCCAAGUGUACACAAUCGAGUACAUCGCCGACGAAAACGGUUUCCAACCACGUGGAGCUCAUAUCCCCGUAUAA